AUGAAAUAUCGAGCAGUUUUGCUCCUUGCUGCUGUAAUUAUUGUCCUCCUAAUCACAUGGGGAAUAUCCAUCAAUUCAUCUGACGGACAGGAGAAAGAAAAGAAUAUUCUUGCUCCAACUGCAUCUGCGCCAAAGUGUAGCCUCUCCAGAGUGUGUCCGCCCAGCCAUAUUGCUUUACGUAUCAGGAGCGGAGCGGCUAAUAUUGUCGGGCCAACAAUCUGUUUUGAUGGCAAAAUCAUAAUGAGUCAUGUAUUGAACAAUGUGGGACCGGGACUAAACAUUGUGGUGAUAAAUGGUGAAACUGGAGUUGUAGAAAAAUCUGCCUAUCUUAACAUGAAAACAGGAGGUAAGAAAGACAUCCUUGAACCCCUGAAGAAGAUAAAACCUGGAAUGAUUGUUUUGGUGGCCUCCUUUGAUGAUGUUACAGAAAUAAUGACAAAUGAAAUGAGGGAGCUAUUCACUGGAAUGGGAAGCACUUUGAUCAGGUCUGUAAAGCGCAGAGACAGCUGGGUGUUUGCUGGAAGAGCAGGCACAAAAAUCAAAAGCCUCUUUGAGAAGCAAGCUGUUAAUGAUGAAAAAAACGACAUUUAUGAAGGCUGGCCAGAGAUGGUGGAGGUGGGCGGCUGUUUCCCAAGAGCAUUCACUGACUGA